CGUCAAGUCAAUUUUAUUUUAAAAACGUGCGUGCAAGGUCAGGCGCGUCCUCGUUGAAAAAGACCGUGAAUUUGUGGUGAUAUUGAUAGCACAGUUAUCGCGUGACGGUCGAGAGGUCGUAUCGUGUGAGCUCUUGUGCGAAUGAAAUCAACAGUAACACUAGAGAAAGUAGUGAAUAAAUUAGACAAUCCUGCUCUACCUUUAACCACCAGGAUGCCAAAUAUCAAAGUUUUCAGCGGUAGCUCGCACCCAGACCUCGCGCAAAAAAUUGUUGAUCGCCUCGGCAUCGACUUGGGCAAAGUGGUGACAAAAAAAUUUAGCAACAUGGAAACAUGUGUUGAAAUCGGCGAGUCCGUACGUGGGGAAGAUGUUUAUAUUGUGCAGAGCGGCAGUGGUGAGAUCAAUGACAAUUUGAUGGAGCUCCUAAUCAUGAUUAAUGCUUGCAAAAUUGCGUCGGCGUCUCGGGUUACAGCUGUUAUUCCUUGCUUCCCGUAUGCCCGACAAGACAAAAAGGAUAAGAGUCGAGCCCCAAUCACUGCGAAGCUUGUCGCCAAUAUAUUAUCAGUCUCUGGUGCAGAUCAUAUCAUCACUAUGGAUCUUCAUGCUUCACAAAUUCAAGGAUUCUUUGACAUUCCUGUGGAUAACCUCUUUGCUGAGCCGGCUGUAUUGAAAUGGAUUAAAGAGAACAUUCCUGACUGGAAAACUAGCAUAGUUGUAUCUCCUGAUGCUGGUGGUGCCAAGAGAGUUACUUCUAUUGCUGAUAGACUCAAUGUGGAGUUUGCUUUGAUUCACAAAGAAAGGAAAAAGGCUAAUGAAGUCGCAUCUAUGGUUUUGGUGGGUGAUGUAAAGGACCGCACUGCCAUUUUAGUAGAUGAUAUGGCUGAUACUUGCGGCACAAUCUGCCAUGCUGCCGAAAAGCUUAUAGAAGCUGGUGCUAUAAAAGUCUAUGCUAUAUUAACUCAUGGUAUUUUCUCUGGACCGGCAAUAUCAAGGAUCAACAAUGCGUGUUUGGAGGCUGUGGUUGUUACAAACACAAUACCUCAAGAAAGGCACAUGCAGGAAUGUCCUAAAAUUCAGUGCAUUGAUGUGUCUAUGAUGUUAGCUGAAGCUGUAAGGCGUACCCACAAUGGCGAGUCAGUCUCGUACCUAUUCUCUAAUGUUCCAUAUUAGUUUUACGUAUUUUAAGGUUAGGUCUUGUAGGUUCUUGCAACAUUUUGAAAAUUCUUAUCAAAACUAAAUUUUUUUAUUUUUAUUAACAUUUAAAAGAGUUAAUGAGAUUUACGUUAACUGGUGAUAUUUUGUUGGAAGCCUAGAGAGUUGAUAUUGAAUGUUUUAGUUUAGAUUUAGUUUUAAAUUUGUUGAAUAGUGGCCUAAAGCUAUUCUGACUGGUAAAAUCUCAUAUAUUGGCAAUUAUACCCUUUGAUCAUGAGACAGUCAUAUUUGACUGAGCAACUGUUGUUUUUUUAUUAUUAUUCAUAUCUAAAGGGUCAUUGGUUAAUUCGAUAAGUUCAGUAACUCUUUAAGAUAUUGAGUUACUUAAACAACAUGUAGUACAUUCAUAGUCAUCAAUAAAGUACCAAUCAGGAAAAUGCAUUUACUCUGGCAGUAUAUUUUAUAAUUUUUUCCAUUAUUCAUUGUAACAGUUGCUGUAAUGGAUUUUUAAGAAUGAAUUUUAGUUGAUAAUCAUAAAAGACAAGAUAUCUUAAAUGCCAUACUUUUGUUUGUUUCAUCACUUGAGAAAAGAUUGUAGGUCAAUUUUAAUCUUCAAUACUGAUGUACCUAAUUGUUUUAUUUUACUCCAUCUAUUAUUGGGAAUGCUGAUUCUCUGGAUCAAAAAGUAAAGUACUUAUGUAUUUUUGUCUUGUAAUUAAGUUUUUUUUUUUUCACUAGUGAUGAAAGAAGCUCUUUUAAUAUUUUUUUUGGCAUAACAUAGUUUAAUUUUUAUAGUUUUAGAGUCAAUUGAUGACAUUUAUUUUUUGUAUCAUGAAUAGAUGUAGGUAUAUUGCAUAUGUUGUGGCCUUUAUAUUUCCCCACAGGGAAGUAAAUUUCAAAAUUGUAUAUUAUGCUUAAAUUCUUCAAUAUUAAACUUUGAUAAAUUUAUCCAAUGUAUAAAUUCGCAAUCGUGUUAUUUUUAUUGGCAAUCGACGUCUUAUAAGAUCAAAAUUAUUUCCUUAAUUGAUGAACUAACUAUAUAUGUAUAUUUGGUCUGUAUACCUACUUUUAAGCAUUAAUAAAAAAUUCUUCAUAUUCACA